UGCAAUCAGUUUGCAGGGAGCAGUCGCAGCAACAGGAAAGAUGCAGAAGCACAAUCAGAAGGAGCACCUCUACAAGCUGCUGGUGAUUGGGGACCUGGGAGUGGGCAAAACCAGCAUCAUCAAACGCUAUGUCCACCAGAACUUCUCCCCCCACUACCGGGCCACCAUCGGUGUGGACUUUGCCUUGAAGGUCCUCAGCUGGGAUGCUGAGACUGUGGUACGGCUGCAGCUCUGGGAUAUUGCGGGUCAGGAAAGAUUUGGAAACAUGACCAGGGUCUAUUACAGAGAGGCCAUGGGGGCGUUCAUUGUCUUUGAUGUUACAAGACCCGCAACAUUUGAAGCAGUGACAAAAUGGAAAGAGGACUUGGACUCUAAGCUGGUUCUUCCAAAUGGCAAACCUGUGCCAACAGUCCUGUUAGCAAACAAAUGUGACCAGGGAAUAGAUGUUCUUAUGAACAACGGCAUCAAGAUGGAUCAGUUCUGCAAAGAAAAUGGGUUCGUGGGCUGGUUUGAAACAUCAGCCAAGGAAAAUAUAAACAUCAAUGAAGCUUCCAGAUGCCUGGUGAAACACAUAAUUGCUAGUGAGAGUGAUCCAGUUCAGCCUAUUGAACCAGAUAUUAUAAAACCACACUUGAAUUCCAGCAAGAUUGUCAGUUGUUCAGCUUGCUUUAAAUCCUAAGAGACUUCCAGACUAUUACAAGAGCUGAGCAACUAUGACUCGCAAUGUAUACUGUAUCCAAAAGUACCCAACCUGCACAGAUUGUCCAUAAGCAAAUUUCAGUUAUCUCAAAAAUAUACUUAAAAUUUUCCAGAAAUUUUUAACAGCUAAAAUUUGUUGUGAACUGUUCAUUGAUAGCAACUACUCAAAACUGUCUGACUACUAGUCAAAUAAGUCUCAUAAUGAUGGCUGUGUUUUCCUAGUUGGGUAGCACCAUCACUGAUAUCAAAAUCUAUUUCCUUGCGGUGUGGUUUCUGAAAUCUCUUAUUUGUGACGUGACUGCAGCAACACCCUACUUAUCCUUUGGUCCUCCAGCCCAUCUUCUCAAUUCUCUGACCAGACAACCAUAAUCAUUACACUGUUUUGUCCCCCUAUUACAGUUGAAUAAUCUUGUUUCGUAUGAGGAAGGUGAUGAUGACAAUAUAGCUGUUCAGGAAGGGGCAACAACACUACAGUGAAAUAUUGCCAAGUUCAGUCUCCUGGAUGAAGUGGUAAGGUUGAACAUGAAACAACCUUUCAUGUCAUUCAAUUCCCCAGAAAGUCUCAGCCUGUGAAACUGAACAUGAGAUAGUUUUUGCUGUCCCUCCCUGAGGAGUUACAUUCUCAUAGUUGUUAUAAUUAUCUUCAGAUGAAGCAAAAUGGAACAAGUCAAGGGUGAGAGGUGACCAAACAGGGAAUCAGGGAUACAGUCUCACAGGUGAAGUGGCUGACAGUUUUCAGAAAUGUUAUCUAUUUCAGAAAGCCAGCAUCUCCUUAAAAAAGAACUCCUUAAUUUUGUUCUUGCCCCUCCAUCCAUGUAUGUUGUCCCCAUGUGUUUAAACUGUCUGUACGCCAAAAACCCCUGAAUGCAACCUCCCCAUUAUGUUGAUUCUCAUGGGAAAAUAUACAAUAACAUAACAGAUGAACCUUUAAGGAAUACGUCUUUGUUGAAUAGCGGGGUAUUUGUUUUUGAAGAACAUUCUUUAAAACAAACAAACAAAAACAAUUGUGUGAAUGACCAUAGGAAGCAAAACGAAACAGUCUUGAGAGUAAAUACUCCUGGAAUAUUUAUUUGCAGAAAUUGUUGAGCUGUACUGUGGAAAUGAAGUGGCUGAUUUUCAGAAUAUCACAAAAUAUGCAGGUUGGUGGAGUCAUUCAGGCAAGCAUGUCUAGACAAGAAGUCUUGACACCUGGCUGCAAGCCUGCAAGACAAAUUUUACCUGUCUCCUGCCACAGACAUAUUACUUCCAUUUUCUUGCUCUCACUCAGUCCUUUCCUUCCUAAGCUGUGAACUUUCAGUGGCAAGUGCUGUCUUCUGAGAUAGGUUUCUGUCCUUAGAGAUGUGUAACACCAUGGAGGGGAGGACAGAUACAUUUUGUCACAGAAUUUUAAAACAAGAAAAUAAGGUCUAUAAUUUUAAAAAUAAAAAUCCACAUCCAGAAUUAACCUGUGCACACACAUAGACAUAAGGACUCAUAUAUAUAUAUAUAUAUAUAUAUAUAUAUAAAUAUAUAUAUGAAUAAACUGGCUUUUUUUAAUCAAGGAGAAUAACUUCCAGUUGUCUUGAUCUCAGUGUUAUCCUUCAGCACAGACUCCUGCUGUGAUCUGGGUCAAAUAUCUUUCUGCCUCAAUUUCCUCACCUGUAAAAUAGGGAUUGAUGUACACACCUACCUCACAGCACUCCUUGAAAGUUACUGUUGGCAUAGUGCCUCAGUGAUAUAUGUUAUACAAAUGCCAAGCUGUAUUAUUGCUCAGAAUGAAUUAUGAGUGCCCUCUAGCAUAAGUACAUGGUGCUGUAAUGCCUUAACAUUUUAAAUCUAUCCAGGGCUUGCCUGAGCUGCAACAAUUAGCUUCAAUUAUUCCACCUCAGUUAACCCAGUUGAGGUUAUAAAGCAGCAUGUGACUGCAUGGGAUGAUUUGAUUAGCUGCAGAUGUGCUGCAAAUGGAAACUGGCUGCACGGAUGUCAUGCUACUGGUUUAAUAAUCUCAGCAGCUAGGCUGUAAUUUAGACCCAGUGCCAGGUCAGCUAUUUCAAAUUUAAAACAUUAUUUAAGUCAAGUUGUAUGGGAUGAUUUGAUUAGCUGCAGAUGUGCUGCAAAUGGAAACUGGCUGCAUGGAUGUCAUGCUACUGGUUUAAUAAUCUCAGCAGCUAGGCUGUAAUUUAGACCCAGUGCCAGGUCAGCUAUUUCAAAUUUAAAACAUUAUUUAAGUCAAGUUGUAUGGAUGCCUUAUUAAGGAUAACACGUAAUUCAUACCUUCAGUCAGCACUGGGGUGAAUGCAAGCACCUAGAUAUUUAGAUGGCUUCUAAAGGGCUAAGCUUCAUGAGCUGAAUCCCAUGCUUUACUUAAAAAUCUAGGUGCCUCAG